UACGCUAGAGAUGCUUUCAAGUCUGACACUAGUAGUAUUGGCCCUAUACCUCCUUGUGGGAGGAAGAGUGUCGUUUGCGGCGGCAGGCAUAUUCAUGCACUUCGCUUUCAGAAAGGGAGUCGAACAGGAAGAUCCAACACUUCAGAAAACAGUCAAAGCUAAAUCUCAAUCCAAGUCACCAAUCUAUGCUAUAGACUUUACUUCUACAACUUUUACUCCUGAUUUGACAAGUCAAAUCCCAAAGCCUAAAAAGAUAAACCGUCGAUCAAGACAGCCAAAGGUUUUCAGGGCAACAAGGCCAGCAGUGGUGAAGAAGAAUGAACCAGUGUUAACCUCAUCUGUCAAGUUAACUGAGUCUCAAAUUUAUAUCUUCUAUACCACAUUAACAGGCUCUUCUCAAAGAGUUGCCAAAUCCUUGUGUGACAAGUUGUCCAAUAUUGACCUCAAACUUCCUCCCAAGCUAAUGAGUCUCGAUGACGAUGUUGAUGACCUAGAAGAAUACUUUAUGCGUACUCCUACGAAUGAUUAUAAGAACAUAUACCUUAUUGUAUUACCUUCUUACGAGACAGAUUCCCCCAUUGAUUACUUCCUUGAACACCUAAAAGAUACCUAUCAAGACUUCAGAGUCGAUAAGUAUCCGUUGAGGAAUUUAUUAGGUUUUGCAGUGUUGGGGUUGGGAGAUUCCGAGUCUUGGGAUGGUGAAAAAUUCUGCUAUCAGUCGAAAUUAGCUGACAAAUGGUUGGCAAAGUUAGGUGGAAGACGUAUUUUUCCUCGAGGAGAAGUUUGUAUGAAGUACGAAGGAGAAUCAAAAACACAAGAAUGGAUUCAAAACUUUGCAACUCUUCUCAAUGAUGAUGAGCCGUUUUAUCUCAAUGACGAAGUAGAUGAUAGUGAUAAGGAAGACGUUUCUAGUGAUGAAACCGAUGACACUUUGGUAGAUGUUGAAGAUAUGGGAGAUGUUAUCAGAAAAGAAGGAAUAAAAACCUCGAUGAGCAGUGAAACUAAAGAAAUGGUUGCAAAGGAUUCGCCAACUUACAAAUCGCUCACCAAGCAAGGUUAUACAAUAGUCGGUUCACAUUCAGGAGUUAAGAUCUGUAGAUGGACCAAGAGUGCCUUGAGAGGAAGAGGAUCGUGUUAUAAAUUUGCAUUUUACGGGAUCAAAUCCCAUCUUUGUAUGGAAACAACCCCUUCGUUGGCUUGUUCCAACAAGUGCGUGUUUUGCUGGAGACAUGGAACAAAUCCUGUGGCCAAACUGAAUUGGAGAUGGGUAUUGGAUCCCCCUGAAAAGGUCAUGGAAGGAGCUUUACAAGGACAUUAUCAAAAGAUUAAACAAAUGAGAGGGGUUCCGGGUAUCCAAAUGGACCGGUUCCAAGAGGCAUUUCAAGUCAAGCACUGUGCUUUAUCCUUAGUUGGAGAACCGAUUUUCUACCCUUAUAUUAACGAGUUUGUACAGAUGUUGCAUGAGCAACAUAUUUCCUCCUUCUUGGUAUGUAAUGCCCAGCACCCAGACAACUUGGCCAAGUUGCUGAAGGUAACUCAGUUGUAUGUGAGUAUUGAUGCACCAAACAGAAAAGACUUGAGAAAUAUUGACCGUCCUUUGAACUCAGACUUCUGGGAAAGAAUGAUGGCUUGUUUAGAUAUCUUAAGAACUGUUCAAAGUCAUCAAAGAACUGUCUUCAGGUUGACUUUGGUGAAAGGUUUCAAUAUGAAUGAAGUUAAAGGAUAUGCGGAUAUGGUCAUUAGAGCUCAACCUUCUCAAAUCGAAGUUAAAGGUGCUACAUUCUGUGGUUCUUCUAAUGGAAAUGGUAACCCAUUAACAAUGCAGAACAUUCCUUUCUAUGAAGAAUGUAAGAGAUUUGUCGAGGAAUUGACUGAAGAGUUGCAGUCAAGAGGAUACUUCUAUGAAAUUGCAGCCGAGCAUGCCCAUUCUUGUUGUAUCUUGAUCGCUCAUUCCAAAUUCAAAAUCAAUAACAAAUGGCACACGCAUAUAGACUACCCCAAAUUCUUCGAACUUCUUGAGUCAGGAGCUGAGUUCACCAGUAUUGAUUAUGUGAAAGAGACCCCAGAAUGGGCGGUUUGGGGAUCUGAUGAGGCUGGUUUCAACCCAAAUGAUACGAAAUUUGACAGAAAAGCCGAAAAGUUAAAAAAGAGACUCGACAGAGAAGAACAGCAAAAAAAGGUCAUGGAGUUGAAAGCUGUAGUGUAGCUAAUUUAUUUAUUUAUAUUUAUACCUUAAAAUACUAUACAAAAUAUUUGCAAC